ACACCAGCAUGAGUAUAAUAUCAUAGUUACUACGAACAUUAACAAGUACAAUGACCAAAUGUCAUCAGAAAGCAGAUGCUAGUGCAGUAUUAUAUUUGUCCUUGUCUGUACAGCGUCGAUGUAGAACGGAUAUCUAGCCCUGAAACAUCAACCACUAAGAGCCAAAAUGGAUUUUUCCAGAACACUGUUCUACGUGGCAGGAAUUAUUGCUACACUCUGCAGUUGCAGUAUUGCAGAUUACCCUCCAUCACCCACUUUUACUGUGAUUCCAUUACAACCUUCAUAUGACAAAGGACAGGAAAUCACUAUGAUAUGCGCCCCUCCAAAUAACACCAAUGCUAAAGGAAUUAGUUAUUACAGGAAUUUUACUGAAAUACAAUGCGAUAAAAAGAUGGAAACAAUGACCCAUUGCCACAUUGUCAUAUCAAAGAAAGAGAAUGAAGGUGUUUAUAAUUGUGGCUACUGGGCGAUAAUUAAUGGAACUGAGAGGCUGUCAUAUGGCAGUGAAGUAGUGAAUAUCAUGAUAGCAGCAGAUACCACAACAUCUUGGAUUUAUUACACAGCAGGUGGCAUUGUGGUUUUCGCAGUAUGCUUCAUAUCAUGCCUAUUGUACAAGAGAUCUCAGAAAAGGAAAAGUUCACAAAAAGUCUUAGGAACCCAUGUGAUAUACAGUAAUCCAGGAGACGGUAAAUGCAAAGAGCCAGUGAAGAAUUUUCCUUUAUCAUCAGUGGGACAAAGUCAUCUAAACAAUACUCUAUAUUCAGUAAUCUGCCAAAAUCCGACACCAGAAAAGAAGCAACUUUUAUCAGGUCAAGAAAACACCAAGAUGACAACUGCUUCAAAAGGCUUUGUGCUCGAAAGUUUCAAGAAGUCUACGGCAUCAGCUGAAGAUUUUUCGCAAGCUCAAGAAGAAUCUCAUAUCUAUUCUGAAAUUGUAACAGAAAUAUCCCCAAACAAAAGCAAUUAUCAACAUCCAAGCACAAACGCAAAGAGUUCUUCACUUGGGGAGAAUGUCACGAUUUAUUACACUGUACAGGUCCCUCCUCUUCCAAGAGUAGGCUAAAGGAACAGCCAAAAUCUUAAGCACAUACAAUUCUUAAAGGGGACCCAAACCUUUGUUAAAAACACGAAGGUGCAAAAGUGCUGCUCAGAGCACUGUGUACCCUCAGCUUUCAUUGGCUGUGCUCAUCUUUUCUAGGUUGUUGAGCAUAAAACCACAGAAAGGUUUAGGCAACUAAAUGGUAAUGGUGGGUGAUUUGUAAAAAAAAAUCUCUAUUUUCUUAAUUUAUGGACAAUUUUAAGCUCGACUUUGAUUUUUCUGGCAAAAACAUUUUUAUUUGUAUGCUGAUAUAGCCAUAUUUUUUGCAGUAGAAAUUACAUUUUAGUGACAUCAUUUUGGGAUACAUAUAACUUACUGAUUAACUUUUUUGAUGCAGUUAAUAGAAGAAAAGCUAUUUCAGCAUAGUUUUUUUUCAACUUUAAAUUUAGAUUGUGCAUAGUGCAGCAUAACUAGCAUGUUACUUUUAUUGUAUGGAUCAGUAUGAUUACGAUGAUACCAAAAAUGCAUAGUGUUAUUAUUAUUUUUUACUACUUUGGCAC